GCCGCAUCGAUCUUGUUGAACAUGGCCAGGUUGCGUAAAACCGGAUAUUACGUACAGGUUUGAGCAUAACACCAACAUGGAGGCGCUUGUUUUUCGUCUCUCCCGGUUGGGGACUUUUUCGAGGUCCUCUAACCUUUCCGUACUCUGUGGCCAUAAGCAACACAUUUUACCGCAGAGCAGCUUGGUUCCAGUGAGGGAGAAAAGCACAGCUUUGGCAGCCAAGCCAGCGUCUGCACUAAGCAACAAGGGGGAGUAUGUCAUCACCAAGCUAGAUGACUUGGUCAACUGGGCUCGUAGAAGCUCAUUGUGGCCAAUGACAUUUGGCCUGGCAUGCUGUGCAGUAGAGAUGAUGCACAUGGCUGCUCCUCGGUAUGACAUGGAUCGUUUUGGAGUGGUGUUCAGAGCCAGCCCCCGACAAGCUGAUGUCAUGAUUGUUGCAGGGACUCUCACAAAUAAAAUGGCCCCUGCCCUGCGUAAGGUGUAUGACCAGAUGCCGGAGCCCCGAUAUGUGAUUUCAAUGGGGAGCUGUGCGAAUGGCGGCGGCUAUUACCACUACUCCUACUCUGUUGUGAGGGGAUGCGAUCGCAUCGUUCCAGUAGAUAUAUACGUUCCAGGCUGUCCACCUACUGCAGAGGCUCUUUUGUAUGGCUGCUUGCAGCUGCAGCGGAAGAUCAAGCGUGAGAAGAAAAUGUCUAUCUGGUACCGCAAAUAAGAGCCAAUGUGUAAAUAAUUUAUUCCCCUAUACCUGUGUUUUGGCAGUAGACCACACCAGUAGUACUAUUUGCCUUGACUCUCCAGCAUCUUCAAUAAAACGUCUGAAUAUCCUUGUACUCCUACUAGCUUUUAUCUAAAGCUGAAAUUAUUUUUUAAAAAUCAUCUGUAGUUUCAUCAACAGAGGGUUCGUUGGCUGUGUCUGUGACAUCACUGUGGUGGAGCUGGAUGAAUGACAAUAAAUAAAACAUUGCUUGUGUUUAA